AUGACAUCGGAGAAAAAGUCUGUAGAGUCCAACUUAGUGGUUGACGACUCCAUACUAUCCCCAUCAGAACAAAAGCAAACGCUAUGGACCUCUUUUAAAGACUCAUUCAAACCUGCCAUGGAAACAGACCACACGUUGAAAACCAACCAUGAUCCGGCUGAUAUAGAAAAGUUAACUGAUUUGGAAAAGAUUAAUCUCAACUCUGCCAACUCGAGUUUACGUCGAGACUUGAAAGCAAGACACUUGCAAAUGAUUUCAAUUGGGUCGAGUAUAGGUACGGGGCUCUUCGUUGGUACGGGGACGGCAUUGAACACUGGUGGACCUGGAGCAAUUAUGAUUGCUUGGGUGGUUACUGCUACUGCCGUAUUUGCCACGAUGCAAGGGUUGGGUGAAUUGGCUACAACGUUCCCAAUUAGUGGUGGAUUCAAUGUAUAUGCUAGUCGGUUUAUUGAGCCUGCUGUGGGGUUUGCCGUGGGAUGGAAUUAUUUUAUGCAGUUCUUUGUAUUGUUGCCAUUGGAGCUAGUAGCUGCUGCUAUUACAAUCCAGUAUUGGAACUCGAGUAUAAACUCAGAUGUAUUUGUGAUUAUCUUUUGGUUUGUAAUUACAUUUAUUACCAUGUUGGGAGUUAAAGCAUACGGUGAAGCUGAAUUUAUAUUCUCCACAAUCAAGGUUUUGGCAGUCAUUGGAUUUAUUAUAUUGGGAAUUGUUUUAAUUGCUGGUGGUGGACCAACUCAUGAGUUUGUUGGUGGGAAAUAUUGGCGUCAUCCAGGUCCAUUUGCAUCUGGCUUCAAAGGAGUUGCAUCGUGUAUUGUCACGGCAGCAUUUUCAUAUGGUGGUACUGAAAUGAUUGGGUUGACAGCCAGUGAAACAUCCAAUGUCCGUAAAGCUUUACCAAGAGCUAUUAAACAAGUGUUUUGGAGAAUUGUGCUUUUUUAUUUUGGUUCAUUGACAAUGAUUUCUUGUUUGGUUCCAUAUAAUGAUAAAAGAUUGUUAGGACUGAGUUCAGUAGAUGCAUCAGCUUCAGCGUUCACUAUCGCUAUUAUCAAUGGAGGAAUUAAAGGAUUGCCCAGUGUGAUUAAUGCCGUUAUUUUAAUUUCAGUUUUGUCAGUGGGAAAUGCUUCAGUGUACGCCACAUCAAGAUCAUUAAACUCGUUAGCUGAGCAAGGAAUGGCUCCAAAGUGGAUGGGAUAUGUCGACCGUGCCGGUAGACCAUUAGUGGCUAUAGGGCUUACUAAUGCAUUUGGAUUGUUUGCUUUGAUUGCCGCAGAUGAUGACGCACAAGAGUCUGCAUUCAACUGGUUACUAGCAUUGUCUGGACUAUCGUCUAUUUUCACCUGGAUGAGUAUCAACUUGAGUCAUAUUAGAUUUAGAGCAGCUUUAAAAGCACAAGGAAGAACUACCGAUGAAUUACCAUUUGUUGCACAAUCAGGCAUUUGGGGAUCAUAUUACGGACUCAUACUUAACAUAUUAUUCCUCAUAGCCCAAUUUUGGAUCGCCUUAUUUCCCUUGGGAUCUGACCCUAGCGCAUAUGAUUUCUUCUUGUCAUAUUUGGGAUUCCCUGUGAUUCUUGUUUCUUGGAUUGGAUACAAGAUCUGGAAACGCAAUUUAAAAUUAUACUUGAAAGCAGAUGAGAUUGAUAUAGAUACAGGUCGUGCUAAUGUUGAUCUAGACUUAUUGCAACAGCAAUUGGCUGAAGAAAAAGCAGAGUUAGCAGAAAAGCCAUUCUUUUAUAGAGUGUAUAGGUUCUGGUGUUGA